CACAAAACAUUAUGCCGUCUAUAAGUCUAUAAAUAUCACCAUCAUAUGCACACUGCUACCAUCAACUUUAAUUUUAUGAAAAUGGCACAGGAAGAGAUGAUGAAGAUGAUGAUGAUGAUGAGGAGAGGUCCAUGGACAGAACAAGAAGAUGUUCAGCUGGUUCUUUACGUGAACAUGUUCGGCGAUCGGCGGUGGGAUUUUCUGGCCAAAGUUUCAGGUUUGCAAAGGUUUUGGUGGGAGAAUCUCAAAGCUGGAUAGGGUUGAAAAGAAGUGGGAAGAGUUGCAGGUUACGUUGGGUUAAUUACUUGCAGCCUGGCCUCAAACGUGGCAAGAUCACCCCUCAAGAACAACGACUCAUUCUUCAACUCCACUCCAAAUGGGGCAAUAGGUGGUCAAAAAUUGCCCAGAAAUUACCGGGAAGAACCGACAACGAAAUCAAGAACUACUGGAGAACCCACAUGAGGAAAAAGGCUAACGAAGACAGAGCCAACAAGUUCGGUUCUUCCUCAUCCCCAUCUUCUUCAUCAUCACUCUCCAAUAAUUCCUCUUCCUCUUCCGGCGGCUCCAGCAGCCCGCCGGCGGUGAACUCCCGGCCGAUUCCGGACACAAACGAGAGGAACUUCUACGACACAGGAGGAAUAAUAUUUGAGGAUGAAACGACGCCGCAGCAGCAGCAGCAGCAGCAGCAGGAGAAGAAGAUAAUGGAUGAUCAGCAGCAGCAGCAGCAAGUGUGCUCGUCAUCAAUGGAUGAUAUAUGGAAAGACAUGGAAUUAUGGGCGGAACAAGAAAAAGGUGGUUGUACGAUGUGGAAUUAUUGGUCGGAGUGGGUAUGGACGACAUGUAGUAGUAGUAAUAACAACAGGAUGUGUCCGCCGCCGCCGCCGCCGCCGUCUUCUUCCACCGAUCGUCUCUGCUUCUUUGACAACCAAGAUUAUGCACAAUAUAAUUGACUGGAUAAAUUAUGCCCACCCACCUUCAUAUACUACUUGUCAAUUUAAUCUCCUACUUCAAUUCUCUCUCUCUCUCUCUAACCUUGUACAUAUACUUAGCUAGAUUGUAGCUUGCUGAAUCUAUCAUUUCCAUCUUCUUUUGUGGUGUAACAAUUCGAUCUAUGUUACGUUAUUGUCACAUUUGCUGCUUCAAA